CAAUAUAUCCACAAUAAAUACGAUUUAUCGCACUAUUAUUGUAUGUUUAUACUCGCAAUAGUCCGAGCGGUUUAAACCAUGACUUUGGCAGAGGCGGUAGAUAAAGGCGUUAUACAACUGUUAAACCUGACCGACUCUAAUCAGGGCAGCAAAGCCCAUAUGAUUGACAGCAGCUCACCCCGCCCCCCGCACUCUGUUUCCAACGUUCGCUCACAGACGUUGCCACGAAGGCACAGCUCCGGCAGUUGCAGCAGUUGUAACAGUAACGGUAACAGCAUGAGGCAGACGUUUUGGAACACACUGAACAGGGCACUGCUGCUCCUGACCUCCACACAGCUGUGCCUGUGGUCAGUUAGCGCCGCGGCAGAUGAGCCGACCGGGGAGGUGAAGAUCGAGGUGGUGUUUAAGCCUGAAGAAUGCAGUCAGAGCAGUAAAAAGGGAGAUCUGAUGAACGCCCACUACGAUGGCUACCUCGCCGAAAAUGGGCACCAGUUCUACUGCAGUCGUUCAGAGAAAGCCGGCCACCCUCAGUGGUUCGUCCUGGGGGUCGGACAGGUCAUUAAAGGCCUUGAUAUCGGGAUGAUGAAUAUGUGUCCUGGAGAGAAAAGGAAAAUAACGGUUCCACCUGAGCUGGCAUUUGGAGAAAAAGGAAAAGAGCCCGUUCCACCCAAUGCUACUGUGAUAUUUGAGGUGGAGGUCUACGCGGUCUCCAGAGGACCUCGAAGUGUGGACGCCUUUAAAGAAGUGGACCAAGACGCAGACAAAGUCCUGACAAGGACUGAGGUGAAAGAACAUUUGAAACUGUCUUAUGAAAAGGGCGGGAAAGUACACGACGACCUGUACUACGAGAAGAUUCUGGACGAUAUUUUCUACAAGAGCGACCGGGACAAGGACGGAAUGAUCAGUGCUAAGGAGUACAACAUCUACGAACACGACGAGCUCUAGUGUUGGCGACGCCCACUCCCGUCACCCGUCCUGUCAUCUGUUUGGUUCUCGUUCUUAGGUCGUUACACUUCUGACUGUGAUUAGUUUUAAUGUUGUUGUUUUCAACCCGACCCUGUGUUAGAGUGAACACUGCAGUAAAACGCUCGUUGUUGUCCAGUA